AUGACCGUGUCUUCUCGGGAAAUAUCUGCGGUGGAAGGCUCGGUCAAAAUGCUCUCAAUCAGCAGAACCGGAACACUACAGAAUGAAAAAUCCCUUACGGUUUCUCGUCCUGGAGAAAGUUUAUGCUGGAGCGAGGCUAAAAUUCGAUUCAGAACGAAGAUUUCACAAACGAGUCCGCGUCCAAGCGAGGAAAACAUCGAACGGUUCCUCAAAAACAACAAUCAGAUAGACGAAACCAUAUCCGAGUGUGAAAAUCUCAAAACUGCGGCGAAUCGCCAGUACCACGGUAGUACAUCGUCGAGAUUCAUUGGAAAACUCCUUGAAGUGCUUGUUGUUGUGAAAAACGUUGGUGAUCCAUUGUUACAAUGCGCUCCCGAGAGUGUGAGCAUUGCGUGGAGUGCUAUCAGUCUUUUGAUUGGUCUCGGAGUCAAUGACAUAGAGAACUGUGGUCGUAUCUCCGAAGCCUGCACCAGCAUCGUAACCAUAGUGUUGAAUUGCAGACUCUACGAGAAUCGCUACCAAGAUGAGGAAGCCAAUUCCAAAAUAAUAGAAUCCGUUCAAGAACUGUUAUCCACAGUUCUUGACUUUUUCUGGUUAGCCAAUAAGAAAUUGCGGGACAAGAAAAUCAAGCGACUUUUUAAGGAUAUAUUCGAUUCAAAAGUUAAUGAAAUUUAUCAAGAUGUGAUAACACGAUACAAAGCCCUCAGAGAAGAUACAGAUCUUGCGUUUCAGGAAAGAGUUAUGGAGUCGCUACUAGAUAUGAAAAAGGAGAAGGGAGAUAUCAUUGAGUUGUUAUUUCCAGCCUUAAAAGAUAUCACUACAAAUCUAGAAGAUUUAGUAGGUGUUACGAAGGGAGUACUAUCAGAGAUACAAGUCCGGGACAAAUUCAAACGUUACAAGAGGAACUUGAAGCCCACGGAUACCCACUUUCGACAAUUAACCGCCACCUUGCAGCCCUUCAAACAUGGAACGUCUCAUCUAUGUCAAUGGUUAUUCAGACACCAACAUUACCAGACCUGGGAGAGAGUACCAGCCAAGAAUCGCCCGAAAAGAGAUGAGGGUCUGAUGACUAGCUUUAUUGGAACUUACGAUAGACUACCUAGUCUAGUAUUCUCCGAGAGUGUAUCAGAAAUGCCCUCCACGAAUUUACUAUACAUCAAAGGACGAGCGGGGUUCGGCAAAUCCGUUAUGAUAGCUUCGGUGAUUAAAAAACUGCAACAGGAUUCUGUUAAUAAUACCGAACCAACAUCUAUCCAAGCUAGAACUAGCGAUACCGCAAAAGGGACAACUGAGAAACAUCCCGUUCUGUACUUUUUCUUCAAGAGAGGAGAUGAUGCCACUCAACUCACAUCGCGAGGCUUCUCAAGUCUCGUAACACAGCUCUUCGACGAGGAUCAUGCGAAAACAAAGGAAGAGAUGGAAGCAUUUAUCAAUGCUAUAGAUUCAGUACAGACCAAUCCUAGUACCAAUACCCCAGGACAACCUUCUGAAAAAAAUAGCGGUGCUACCGGGGAAUCAGAUGCGGGGCCUCGAUCUAACCAAAAGAUCUCACUAACCACAUCAAAUCAAGAGCUACUCCAAGUCGAGAGUAUCGCAGCAGCAGCUAAAAAGACUGUCUAUAUCGUCAUCGACGGCAUUGACGAAUGCACGGACCACGAAUCCGAGGGACUAGUUAAGGAGUUAAUAAACCUUAGCCGCUCGAAAAAGGCCUCCUUCAAAAUCCUGAUAUCGAGUCGCGAAGACAUGGGAUUUGAGCAAAAGUUCGCGAGAGAAGAUGACCAAGAAGGGCGAAGAAAACUCGAGCUUGCAACAACUAUCAACGGUCCAGGCUUAGACCUAGACACGCAGGACCCUUUCCAUUGCUUAACGCAUGACGACUUCACAAUAUUGACUGUGACGAAGGAGACAAAUUCUGAGGAUAUGAGAACAUACCUGAAUAAUUCACUUCAAACAAUCAUGAAGCGCCGGCUCCCAGAAGUAUCCCGACUGAACAGAAAAGACCCUCGUCAGAGAAAACUUGACGCAAGAAUCAAAAAUAUCGCAGAGAGUAUUCAAAAGAAAUCCGAUGGAAUGUUCACAUACAGUGCAAUGGUAAUUGCAAACAUCGGCCAACCUUCCCCGCUAUCUCUUACUGAGCGAUUGAGGAAUCUUCCAAGUGGAAUGAAUGAGCUUUAUUCCCGACAACUCGAAGCGCUUACAGGCGCAGAAAGGAAACUUGUAACACUUGCACUAAAGAGAAUUGUUUGGAGUCCAACCGACAUGGGAACAGUUGAAAUAGCCGAUGAAUUUAAGCAGAUAUAUCUUAAAGAGACCGAACCUGAAAAGGAGGAUAACGUCGACGAUUACGACGGGGGAAGCAUUGACGGCAGCGAAUCCGAAGAAGAAUACGCUGUCAUAAACCAUGCGGAUAGCGAAGAUUUUGGUACAGACGAGGUUCCAAAUGGUAGUCCACAGGCAACCAGACCUCCGUUGCAUCGUUCAAACACAUAUCCCGGGGAAAAUCCAAUUGAGAAAGCAAUGCGAAACCCUGAGAUCGCCGAUACGAUAUACCAUCUCGAAGGUGCGGGCCGUGAUUUUUUCAAGUUCACCAAUAAGAAGCGUACGAUUGGUUUCAUCCACAAAUCUGUCCGCGAUUGGUUUGAAAGUGAAUCCGCAAAAGCAGCCCAGCGAGACUAUGGUAUCAAAUCCGUGGCUUCUCUGUUCUCCCACGACACUGAAUCAGGCGAGCUCAAACUAACACUUCCCAUACCCUGGAUCGUUGUAAAAGGUCAAUCGGAGUCUAUGGAGUUCCAAAGCGAGAAGGACGCUCAGCUCGAUAUAUUAAUAUACAUCUUGAGAGUUUUGACACAUCCUCGUUUUCAAGAAACAUACAUGCCGUAUCACAAGCCCUUGAAAGCAAUAGAAAAGAAAGAAGCCAAAAAACUCAAGAAGGCGGGAACGCCAACCGUUAAGGAGACUGAUACCCCAAAGCAGAUUAUAAUUAUCCGCGAAGCUCCUGACGGCAAUCUAGAAAGCGUAGGGACUGAUGCGCAGCAAUUAUCAGAUCCAGAAAUUCCCUUGGGAGACCCGAUAUCAGACGAACCAAGCACCAAAUCUCUAGACACUGCCGAGGACAAGAUUAUCGAUAACAGCGGAACUGAUGAAGAGGAAGAAGAAGUGACGCAAAGUUUGCUUCGCGAUGGACCCCAGAGAUGCGAAGUCCAUCAAUGGAUCCACCACAUGAGACAAGUUGGGAAACUCUGGCCCCGUGAAGAACGCAACGGCAAAAAAUGGACAGAACUCAAGGACCUCUUAAGAAAAUUCAGCGACGGCGAGUUUUUCAGACCAUGGUUUGUACAAAACUAUCACCCAAACUACGAAGCAGAUUGUACCACCGAGUUUAUGUGCGAAAUGGCGCUCGGUAUGGAGAUAAUCCAUUUAGCCGCAUUCGAAGGCUUGGAAAUUUACGUGGAGUUCCUCAUCAACGAGACAGACGUAGAUCUCGGGAAACUUUCAGUUUCAGGACGAACGGCCCUUAACUAUCAGGAUAUACUGUACUUCCCGGAAACAGUUAAGCUCGUUUUAGAGAAGAAUAUCGAUAUUAACAUCAAAGAUAUGGAUGGUGUCACUCCGUUAAAUCUAUGUCUUGAUUGCAAAGAGCUUACCCAGGAUGUCAUCGACGGGGACAGCAAGCAGGUCAAAAACUUGAUUCAGACCUUAAAAUAUCUAAUCAACCAUGGAGCUGAUCUCAACAAUCCCCUUCCAAGCGGUCUCUAUCCGGUGCACUGCAUUAGCGAGAUUGACGAAAGCUUAUUUGACCUCGCAAUUGAAAAGGAUCCUACAAUCUGCAGAACAUAUUCCAAAGGAAGACAAAGAACUGCAUUACAUACAAUCUGGUCUUCUACUAUCCAGAACUCAACUAAAGUCUCCAUUGCGCGGAAACUUCUUGAAGCGGGAGCAGACCCUAACGCUCAGGAUUCGGAUAGCAGAGCUCCUCUAUAUGAGGCCGCAUUCUCCGGGAACAAGGAAGGCGUUGAGCUCCUGCUCGAGGAAAAAUACGAUGUUGAUAUCAACGAUGAGGAUGUUAAUGGUCGAACAGCACUCAUUGCAUUGGCAUCAUAUGAUCUUGACGACACCGUAGCGAUGGACUUGGUAAAGCUACUACUGGAGCACAACGUCGAUAUAAAACCGAGGGCCAAAAAUGGAUGGACUGCAUUGCUGUGUGCUUUAUGGUACGAGCAUUGGGAAAUCGCAGAGGUACUAAUGGAAGCUCAUGCGAAGGAGCAAGGAGAUGACCAUUCAUAUCUCACACAAAAAGACAUCAAUGAUGAAACAAUCCUACACAUAGCCGCAACUGAUAUAAGAUCUGGUCUAAAAAUUGCAAAAAUAGUGCUUGAGAAGCUGACAGCCGAAGAGAAGAGCGAGUUUUUGGAGGUCCUGGAACCAACGAAAGGCAGGGCAGCUUUGCAACGAUCCCUCACUAAACGACAUCUCGAAUUUGCUCUCUAUAUGAUUGAGAAUGGCGCCAACUGCCACGCGAUAGACUCCUCCGGAGAAUCUGUUGGGGACACAUUUUUGAAGAUCUGGUUGUACUCCAGGAAAUGCUCUAGCUAUGAUCUAUACGAUUCACGGCAAAUAUGGACGAAACUCUAUUGUGCCAUCUUGCCAAACGAUCCGGAAAACGCAUAUCUACACCAGGCGAUAUUUAGUAAGAGUAUGGGAAUGAUUUUAAGUCUUGCGGAAGUCGGCGUUGACCCCCUGAAGAAGGACUCAGAAGGUUGGGACGCAUUCGACUGGGCAUAUUGCUGUGAACUGGUGGGGGUAUUACAAGAAUGCUUUCCAAACAUCGAAGUCGACUAUCAACUCCGGAAAACAGAGUCCAGAGAUAAAUUCGCCCGCGUUACCGGCUGGGAUGCCGAACGAUUCCAACCGCCGUUGAAGUUUUCAGAAGUUGACAAUAUAUUCGGAUUGGAUAAGGACUUCAAAGAUACCCAUGAAGAGAAGGAAUCGGACGUUUGUGACCGUGACAUGUGCCCAUGCCCCUACGAAACUCGUUACUCUACACUAGCAAACCACCCGAUCGCCCCUUACGUCGAUUCUUUCUACUACGAAGUGACAAUCCUAGAAGCCGAGGAUGAGAAAAACACGAAUGUCAUCGUCGGUUUAGUCGGAGAGGGAGCACCGACGUUCGAACUUCCCGGCUGGGACCAUAAAAACGUCGCAUCAUACGGCUUUCACGGCGACGACGGCCAGGUCUAUGCGCCUACAUGGGCAGUCGGAGACAACACAGGAAGACCAUUAGAAACAGGACCGUCUCCAGUUAAUGUCGGCGACACCAUUGGUUGCGGAUACGAUAGCAUAGAUCAUAGGAUAUUCUGGACGUUGAAUGGGAGAUUCCUGGGGUUCUACGGAGGGUUACGCGUUUACGGCCGACUCUACCCUUGCGUGGGGGUUAGGUUCUAUUGUUCAAUAUCUGCGAAUUUUGGCAACGAUCCUAGCAAGCCUUUUAAAUGGAAUGGGGAACAUGUAUGUGAGGUAUAG